GCGGUAAUGCACCAAGUCCUUUCUUGAAAAUCUCAAUUGAACCAAAGAAAAAGAAGAAAAGUCCCAUGGAACGUAGCUCGCUGGAAUUUUGUUUACACACCUGGGGAGCCAACAGUUACGGGCAGCUGGGACAGGGACAUGCGGAGGACCAGCUUGUUCCUCGGCUCUCUGGAGUCUCAGAGCUGCAAACCAAAGUGAUCCGGGUCGUGAGGGGCGGCGGGGGACACACCGCUGUCAUCACUGAGGGUGGAGAGGUGUUUGUUUGUGGGCAGAAUCACAAAGGUCAGCUGGGAAUUGGUCACUGUGCUGACAUAGCAACUUUUCAAAUCUGCCCCAUCUUUAAUCAGAGAGUCACAGAUGUUGCCUGUGGUUGGGAUUUCUCUCUUCUGCUAACCGAAGGCGGUAGACUGCUAGCAUGUGGCUCCAAUGCAUUUGGACAGUUGGGUGUUGGAGAGACAGUCACUCACAUUGCAGACCCACUGCUUGUUGAGUGUCUGAAAGAGCCAAUAGUGAGUGUUGCAGCAGGUCUGAGACACUCACUCGCAGUUAAUGACUCAGGCUGUGUGUAUCAGUGGGGGAAUGGUCUUUUCAGUCACGCCAAGCGAGCCCUCGGGCCAAACUCUGUUCCAUCACACCUGCGCUCCAACGUUCCUUGUCUUGUUCCAGGUCUCAGUCAGAAGAAAUCAGUCCUGGUAAAAGCAGGUUCAGCCCACUGCGUGUGCCUUACAGAAGAAGGGGAACUGUUUCUAUGGGGAAGCAACAAACAUGAGCAGUUGGGCACUUCUGAGUCCUUCUUGCCUUCUCCCACUCCUCUCAGGCGGUCUCUCCUAAAUGGAGAAAAGGUUUCAAACGUGUGGAGUGGAUGGAGCCACAUCAUUGCUCAAACAGAGAGUGGUCGAGUCUUCACCUGGGGCAGAGGAGAUUACGGACAGCUGGGUCGACCAAAUUCAGACUCUCAGACUCCAGAGGAGCUGUUAGCAGGCUUUAUAACAGGAACUAGCCAAAGCAGGGCCGUUUGCUGUCCUGCAGAGGUCCACGUCCUCCGUGGAGCAACACAGAUCUCUUGUGGAUCCGAGCAUAACCUUGCUGUUGUUGGGGAUCGUCUCCUGUCAUGGGGCUGGAAUGAACAUGGGAUGUGUGGAAAUGGUUUUCAAACUAACGUACUUCAUCCAGGGCUCAUUUCUAAUCUACGUGCUGUUCUGGUUGGCUGUGGGGCUGGACACUCCAUGGCAGUGUGUACGAGGAUAACUGUUUCCACUGGAGCAGAAAAACGACGCAGCAUGAAAUUAUAAAUUACAGGAAACUUUUUUUUCUGUUUCCCCUUGUCUGCAAACCACAGUUCACCUUUCCAAAUGGCAUUUAAGCAAACUACAUAGGUGUCACUUUCAAGUACAGAUGUCAGAAAAGCAGUCUGGGAAAUCUGUCAUGCUGCAAGGGUCACAGUUCCUUCAGCCUAGCUGUCAGUUUGAUGAAGGUGAUGUGAAAAAAAUGUAAUGCCAUUGCAAUGUUUGUCCUUAAAGUCAAAAUAUUCUGGAUUAUGUUAGGGGAUGGAUGAACUGAUACAAAAACUGAUUUUUAUUCCAAUUUCUUUUGUUUGUGUGUGUAAGGAAGUCCCUGAUUCUGGAAAAUGUCUCAGGCAUCAUAUACGUCAUCAAUCACAGCUGCAGGACAAUAUUUCCAUAUUUGAAAGUCAGUCACUUGUUUAUUUAUAUUUUGCUCCUUUCUACCUCUUCCUUACUUCAAGAAAUAAACUGUUAUUCAUGGAUUUAAUGUAAACUUUGCACCUGUGGAAUACAUCCAAUUUUUCAAUAAAGACUUUCAAAGCUAAUAAAAA